AUGGUUCUUAGCAGGAACCUUUUUUGUCUUAAAAGAUCUCCAUUACAGGUUCUUGCUAACAAGAUCUCGGCCCACAACGAAAAAGUGAAGGCAUUUCGAAAACAGCAUGGUUCAACGGCAAUUCAAAAUGUGACUGUGGAUAUGCUUUACGGUGGGAUGAGAACACUGAAGGCAUUAGUAACUGAAACGUCGGUCCUAGAUCCGAUUGAAGGCAUACGCUUCCGGGGUUAUUCAAUACCAGAUUGCCAGAAAUUGUUGCCGAAAGCCAAAGGUGGUGAAGAGCCGCUACCAGAAGGCAUGUGGUGGCUUUUAUGCACUGGAGAUAUUCCAACUGAAGCUCAAACAAAAGCAUUGAGUGAAGAAUGGGCAGCUCAUGCAGAUUUACCAAAACAUGUAGAACAAAUGAUCUGCAAUUUUCCAAAUAAAUUACAUCCUAUGUCGCAGUUUGUUUGUGCUAUUGCAGCACUUAAUUCUGAAAGCAAAUUUGCUGAGGCCUAUCGUAAUGGAGUACCAAAAGCUAAAUACUGGGAGUUUGUGUAUGAAGAUUCGAUGAGACUUAUUGCAAAAUUGCCAACAAUUGCUGCACUCAUUUAUCGGAAUUUGUAUAAAGAUGGAACCCUGGCUAGUGCAGUCAGUCCAUCAUUGGACUGGUCUGCUAAUUUUUCAUCCAUGCUUGGUUUUAAGGAUCCUCAGUUUACGGAAUUAAUGCGUUUAUAUCUUACUAUCCAUGCUGAUCACGAAGGAGGCAAUGUUUCGGCUCAUACUUCGCAUCUAGUCGCUUCUGCUCUAUCGGAUCCAUAUUUGUCAUUCUCCGCUGCAAUGGCUGGCCUUGCUGGACCUUUGCAUGGUCUUGCUAAUCAAGAGGUGUUGGUAUUCUUGACAAAGUGUAAGAAAGAUUUGGGAAAUAAUUAUACUGAUCAACAGUUAUGCGAUUGGAUAUGGAGUCAUUUAAAAAGUGGGCAGGUGGUACCAGGGUAUGGGCACGCUGUUUUACGUAAAACAGAUCCGCGAUACGUAUGUCAGCGAGAAUUUGCUUUGAAGCAUCUGCCGAAUGAUCCUAUGUUCCAGCUUGUUUCAAACAUUUACAAAUUUGCACCUGAUAUUCUCAUAAAGCAAGGAAAGGCUAAAAAUCCGUGGCCUAAUGUUGAUGCGCAUUCUGGUGUGCUGCUACAGUAUUAUAAUAUGAAGGAGAUGUCAUUUUACACUGUACUUUUUGGUGUAUCUCGUGCUCUGGGUUGCUUAUCACAGAUGAUCUGGGCCCGAGGUAUGGGUCUGCCAAUCGAACGUCCUAAAUCUCAUUCAACUGAUGGCCUUCUAAAAAUAGUGGCAAAUGUUAACUAA